AUGGCUUCCUCCCAAGGCCACAAGUCCGUCUCAAACGUCCCUCUCUACGCCUCGUGCAUCACCAACAUCAAGCACAAAGCUCGCAUCUGGAGAAUCGCAGGGUACAGCUUCGAUCUUGAGUACAGCAAGAUAGACUCCCUUAUCCGAAACUGCGGCGAGUACGGCGAGUACAGCGAGACGGAGAAGUUAUGGCACGUCGAGCUCUACAUUUGGAGCCACUACUGUACGUCUCUAAACAACCCCCUCCCCCCGCGCGCAUGCCUCGCUCCCUCAUCGAAGACGCGCACGCAGCACACCCGGCUUAGAAGAAUGCAACUGACCGACCCAUCUCCAGUCCCCAACGAGCCGUUUCCAUUCCCCUGCCCAACAUCUUCAGGUCAGGCCAUGCUCGUCUCAGACGCAAACCCGGCGCCACCAGAACCAACGAGUCACCCCCGACCUACAGACAUCUCCCCCUUCCCUGCAGUCUUCAACCCGUACCCACCAGUCUACAUGCCGGGUGCCCGCUCCCCUGAGCCCGAGCCAGCGACAUCUCGAGCAAGUCUGCCUUCCCAGAGCAGCAGCAGCUCUGCCAGUUUUCGCAUCCGAGGCAGUAGUAGCGCCACCCACAACUUCGGCACCCAAGGAGCGGCAGCCUCGUCGAUGAGCAACCGCCACCACAGCCCGCUACCAGCCAAGGUCUCCGCGGACGUGGCCAUCGGACGCGCCUACAACAACCGGCCCACGCGUGGACGGAGAGGAGGAGGAGGACCAUAUCUGAGCGGGACAUCUCCGGGACAACCAACAUCGCAGGAGUCAAGCAUCAGACGGCUGUCGCUUGAGUCAAGGAUGGGACCGAUCGGUGGUGGUAGUGGUACGAAUGGAGGACAUGGGCAGGUUGGGAAUGGCGAGAAGAAGAAGACUGGACGCAAAGCUGUGCAGGCUGUACGAAGGCAGUUAAAAAUUGCGAGACGGACGGGAGGACGAAAUAAGGGGAUGGGGCUGGGCAGACCCAAUGCAGUCGGUUAG